GUGAAGUACAAGCUGACAGCAGCGUGUAGAGCAGCACACACGUCUGUUAUUGAGGGAAAAGUUGCUGACUGAUCAUAAGGGGCUGUGCAGUGAGCAGACAUGGAAACUGUCAUUGGACUGUUAUUUAUGUUACUCGGAGUCUCUUAUGGUGUGGAAACUCACUGUGAUGGCAGACAGGAUGGAGCUCAGUGUUAUGUACCUUUGGGAGGAACUGUGGACAUUCAGCUGAUGAAUAGCACUUCUGAAAUACCUAGAUACCAGUUGUUAAAGGAUUCAUUAAAAAUACUAGCAGCGAGAAAUAAUACAGUUUUUUCUAAUGCCAUAGAGAGUAGGUCUCUCAUUUUUCCCAGUAAUGGAACAUUUAGGAUCAAUGACCUGAGUAGGAAUGACAUUGGUAAAUAUACCCUGGAAACCUUUGAUUCAGAUGGAAGAAAAUCAGGCGAGCGGACUCUAUAUUUGUUUACUCAAGGUGUGGAAACUUACUGUGAUGGCAGACAGGAUGGAGCUCAGUGUUAUGGAGCUUUGGGGGAAACUGUGGACAUCAAGCUGAUGGACAACACCUCAGAAAUACCUCGAUACCAACUGUUAAAGAAUUCAUUAAAAAUACUAGAUGUGAAAGGGGAUAAGGUUAUUUCUAAUACCAUUGCACAUAGAUAUCUCAUUUUUCCCAGCAAUGGGACAUUUAGGAUCAAUGGCCUGAGUAGGACAGACAUUGGUAAAUAUACCCUUCAAACCUUUGAUUCAGAUGGAAGGACAUCAGAUGCUUGGACUCUACAUUUGUUUAUUCAAGGUGUGGAAACUCACUGUGAUGGCAGACAGGAUGGAGCUCAGUGUUAUGGAGCUUUGGGAGGAACUGUGAACAUCCAGCUACUGAACAGCACCUCUGAAAUAGCUAGAUACUACUUGUUAAAGGAUUCAUUAAAAAUACUAGAUGUGAGAGGGAAUAAGGCUAUUUAUAAUACCAUAGCACACAAAUCUCUAAUCUUACCCAGUAAUGGAACAUUUAGAAUCAGUGAUCUAAGCAGGACAGACAGUGGUAAUUAUAGCCUUAUAACCUUUGAUUCAGAUGGCAGAUCAUCAGGCGAGCAGAGUUUACAGUUGUUUAUUCAAGCUCCUGUGUCCUCUGUCCUGCUGGUCUCUGAGUGUCUGUCCCAGGGAGAGAGGAGGGUGUCCUGCUCCUCUGAGAGAGGGGACAGUCCUCAGUACAGCUGGACUCUGGAUGGACGCACACUGACAGAUGCUGAGCUCCUUCCUGGAAACAAUGAGACUAACAUCAUCACUCUGAAACAGCACGUCUCCGGACGUCUGGUCUGCUCAGUCAAGAACAACGUCAAUAGUGUCUCCAAAGAACAGGAGAUACCUGCCUGUGCUGAGUGAGAACAUUGUAAGCAGUGUCUAAUAAUGAAUCAGCAAUUCAGUCACUGAAGUUUCACAGCAAUCCAGGUCAUCGUAGUCUUGAGAGCUAGAGAUACUUGUACUUCACUCUGCUACACAAGGUGCCCAAGUGCUACAGCCUGUAUUAAGAAUAAGUAAAAGGACUGUUCUGCUCCAAAACUGUUGCUAAUUUUGACCUCACGUGUAAGACCUCUUGUAGACAUUGUGAGAUAUUGCUUGUGCCUUGUGCCGAGUGUCCUACCCCAGCAGAAGGUGGUAUUGUCAUUAUUCAUGCCAGUAUUUAUAACUUUACUAAUUACAGAAUUAUCUGUUUGUGUCUCAGAAAAUCACACGCAAAUUAUCACAUACAUACGUUCACUCCUAUCUGCACAAAAUUCGAAUUAAGGCUGGCAAGCAACAGAGACACAAUGCUAUUCUUUUUUUUCUGUAUGAAUUUAUUAAAGACAGUUAAUUGAA